AUGAAGUACUACACCAUCGCCGUUAGCGACACGUUCCAUGCAGGCCUUAUCGAUGCCCUCAGACAGAUGAAUAUAGAAGAUACGGGUUCCACCGUGCUUGAAGACCAAGAGCGAGACUCCGAAGACAGUCGGACCGGCGGUUCCGUUUCCGUGCAUGCAUCCAGCGAGAGUCUUGCGCAGCUUCAAGACAUUCAAGGUGUUGUUGACGACACAAUCGACUUGGUCACCUCCAUGGGCGCGGACGUUGCUUCCUUACAGAGCAUGAAGCACGAACUCGACGAGCUCUCUGCGGCGAUGGCCGAUGCAGAGGCGUUCAAGGAUCUCUCAGAGAGAUUGGAGUCGAUUCAGCGCGCGUACGCAGAAGCCGAGGCAGUUCAAGCAAUGCGCGCUGAGCUUGACGCUGCUGCCCCGAAGCUUGACGCUGCUGUACGUUACCUGAAAGACCUCAAACGUGCCUUCAUAUGCAUCGGGAUCGGCGCCGGCGCCGUGAUCACCUUUUACGUCUUCAGGGCGUUUGGCGACGGUCUGGUUGCUAUCAUAGCACUUCUCGCCUUUGUGGCGGCAGCCUCUAUCCUAACCGGCUGGAAGUUUAAAGACCUAUUCAAUUAUCUGUAG